AUGGCCGGCUUACUAGCCAGCCUCGGAGGCAGGCUUUGGUCCAUACUGCUCGUCGUGGUUCUGGCAUCGCUGGUCUCCGCGCAAGAUGACAUCGCUGUCUUCACGUCCGCCAACAAGGAAGUUCCGGAUUGGGCGCGGCCAAACGCCCUGGAGCUGCAGCUUACCUCGCAGCCACGGGGUUUGAGUCCCGUCAAGUUCACUGUGAUUCCCUUGACGGCCAGUCUGGGACUGAAUGGAACCGGCGAGGUCCGCGGAACUAUCAGCAUCGGUGGUCAUCUCCAGGCGGCCAAUGUUUCUUCGUACAACAACGUGUCUGGUAAUGGGACCAUUGCCUUCCUAUCUUGCGACAAGCCUGCUUCGGACGGAUUUCUAGACCCCGACAAGAUGCUUGCCAGACUUAUGAAGGCAUCUCUGAAAGCUAUUGUUCUGUACACGCUCGAUGGGAAUAUCUGUCUGAUUCAAGAAGACGGUCCGCUACCUUAUACGAGCAUCUUGUCCAUGGCUGAUUCUGGCGAGGCGGGACAGGUUUUGUCCAUUUUGAACGGCAGCCAGCCAGCCGCGAAUGUCGACGCCUUGAUAUCCGGAAAGACUGGACAGAACAAUAAUGGCAAUUCUGGAUCGGGUGAUAACGGAGGAGGAAACAACUCGGCUGUUGCCAUGAGCAUCCUCUACAGUAUUACGGGUAUAAUCACCCUGCUCUUUUUGAUCAUCAUUGCCACCGGUGCUAUUCGAGCGCAUCGGUAUCCCGAGAGAUACGGACCGCGGGGACGACACGGAGGCCUGGGGCGCCAAAGCAGAGCCAAGGGCCUGGCUCGUGCUGUGUUGGACACGAUUCCCAUUGUAAAGUUUGGAAAUCGGGAGCCCGCAAAGCCUGACCCCGAACUCGAGCUUGACAGCACUGCGGCGGAUGGACAUGAAGCAGCGGCCCAGAGAGCCGUGGCGGAUACGAACCCGAGUGAACCACCGGAAGCUAAAACAGCCGCCGCUGCUGCCGCCGCCCUGGCAGAGAGGAGGGAUAGCGUUGAGCAGCCACCUUCGAAGCGGAGCUCACAGGCGCCUGACGCGGCUUCUGGUGAUGUUGAAAACGGGGAUGGCCAGGAGCACCUGGGUUGUUCCAUCUGCACAGAGGACUUUACGGUUGGUGAAGAUGUGAGAGUGUUGCCUUGCAAUCAUCAGUUUCAUCCACAUUGUGUCGAUCCUUGGCUGGUUAAUGUAUCUGGAACAUGUCCCUUAUGUCGACUGGACCUCCGUCGGCAAGCUUCCAAAGAAGGCUCUUCGACCAGACCGGAAGAAAACCUCGCUCCACCCUUGGUCUUGGAUGGAGGAGAUGGCGACAGCUCUCACGCAACGCAUGGCAACAGACUCAGCCGACUGCUGGAUGUUAACAGACUGCGGCAGGCGGGUGUUGAAGAGCGGAUAGCCGCUCUUCGACAGAUGCGAGCUCAGUCCACGAAUCACGAGACCCAAGGACCAGCAGCUCCAGAGGCAGAAGCCGUGGAGAGGCCACAUGCUCGUCUGACAGAUAAACUAAAGGACAAGUUCCGUAUCCGAACGAGAUCACAACCCGGAAACCAGUGA